GUUAUCAUCCUUUGACCUCUGGAGCUGCUAUAAAAAGGCCUGAUUCCUAUAGGAGCACACCAUCAGGUCCUGGACAUUCCCAGAGUGAAGCUAAACCUUGCUCAGUCUUGAACCAUGAAGUUCUCACUCGUUGCUGCUCUCGUGGUCACACUGGCCAUCGGCUCCCAAGCAGCCAGUCUGGUCAAGAGAGACGCUCAUGCUUUGCCUCCUGAGGUUGAAAAGAUUACCAGUUUCUUCCAGGAUCUCAUCCAAAACCUUAAAGCUCUUGAGUCCCCUGAGCUGGCCAACAAGGCCAAGGCUUACAUGGAGGAGAGCAGAGCCCAGUUCCAGCCCAUGGUUGAGAAGCUUCAGGAGCAGUUGAAGCCCCUGUCCACCAACAUUGAGGAGCAGAUGGAGCCUCUUGCUGCCUCGGUCCGUGCUCAGGUCAGCCCUUACACCGAGCUGAUGCAGAGCCAGUUCGAGGACAUGUUCAAGUUCCUGUCUGACCAAACCAAGGCCAUCCUGCCCCCUCAGUAAAAAAAGAAAUACCUGAAAAAUGCCUGUUGUGAAAUCACCUCUGCCCUGUGACUGACAUCACUCGCUUAUCUGAAGCAAUAAAAGGGCUGAAAGGC